CCCACUUUUGUGUUUCAACUUUCAUUAGUGACCAAACACAAAACACCAUGCAUAAGCGGUUUCAGCGAGCGUACACAUCGAUUAAGGAAAACACAUUCGUAGGCUGUGCGAAAAUCGCGACAGUUGGGGGUUUUUGCGACAUAGAUUUGAUUAUCGUAAAAGCGACUUCUCCAGACGACAUACCUCUCCGCGAUCGGUAUGUCCUCCAACUAUUAAAAAUAUUUUCGGUUUCGCCACCAUCUUACCGCACUUUUGCGACGAGUUUUUCACGACGAUUUAGCAAGACAAAAUGCUGGAGAGUUGCUUUAAAAUGUUUAAUUCUUCUCCACCGUUUGCUUCGAGCAUUGCCUUAUAAUAGCCCGUUUCGAACCGAGCUUCUAUGGACCCGUUCCAACGGUUACUUGUCGCUAGAUCCGUGCCCCUUUCGCGACACUUCCUCGUCUAAUUCCCAUGAUUACACACAUUUCAUUUCAUCUUAUGCUAAUCUCCUCAAUGAAGCAUUAGACUGUCUCACAGUCGAUUGCGUAGACGCAUAUAUCGAUCCUGAGGAAUCAACCGACGAUGAAAACGAUGAAGAACACGAAACCCUAAUCCCAACAUAUCCCGACAAAAUGAAACUCGUCUCCGAAAAAUUAGAGAUCUUACCACAACUUCAAACCCUAAUCGACCGCGUAAUCGACUGCAAGCCAAAAGGGGCAGCUGCAAGAAGCUUUCUUAUACAAUGUGCACUCAAAUACAUCAUUCGUGACAGCUUCUUUUGCUACAACAACUACCGUUGCGAAAUAGUUUCAGUAUUAGAUCAUCUAAUUCAACUCCCCUACAGAAGCUGCAUGACUGCUUUUGGUGUAUACAAGAAAGCCGCAGUUCAAGCCGAUCAUCUAUCCGAAUUCUACGACUGGUGUAAAUCAGUCGGGCUUUGCGGAUCCUACGAAUACCCAUUUGUUGAUCGGAUCCCAGAGAUCCAAAUACAAGCUCUAGAGAGUUUUCUUGACGGUAUGUGGCAGUUAACAGAAUCUUCAUCUUCAUCUCCAAUGGCAUCCACUGUUGAAUCUUCAUCAAGUUCAUUGGAAGAUGAGAAGCCACUUAUUAGGUUUAAUAAUUGGGUACAGUUUGAUGAUGAAGAAAAGAAUGAAGAACAUGCAUUGAUAACAUUUGCGACGAAUGAUAAUAAUAAUGUUAUGACUUGGGAAGUGUUGUUGGAAGCUUCGGUGAUUCUUGCACCUCUUUUGGUUUCUGAUAAUUAUUUCUACUUUCAGGCUGAUAGUGAUGGGGGAUCAUCUAGUGAUUUGAAUGAGGAAAAUGGUGAUGAUUUGAGGAUUCAAGUGUAUAAUCCUUAUGUGGUCAACCCAUUUCACUAAUCGGAUAAUACAUAUAAUGGUUUUGCUGUAUCAAAUGCUACGAUACUUUUAUAGGGUUUUCUCGAGAAGUAUUCAAUUUGUUUGUUAUAUAAAGAUUGUGAGAUUUCUAUGAGGAUGUAUGAACCUAAAAACUUUUGAUCAACAUAUAUGGAAAAUAUACAUGAAAACGUAUGAUAUUAUAGUUGAAUAAAUAAACACUCUUUUAAUAUGGGUUUU